AUGCACAGUGGGGACAGAAGAAAGCCUGGGCCCAAGCCUGGAGCCUCCAUCGUUUGUGCUCCUGGAGGAGGAGGUGCAGAGGUGGCCGGGCAGGUGUGGCCAGUGGGUAGACCAGAGGGAGCAGAGUUCAAUGGCGUCGAUGAGUCAACUGUGCCCCAAGCUCCCAGACACGGCCAGUGUGUCCAGGUUUCUCUGUCCUUUGUCGGACCCCUGCUCUACUCGCCUGGCCACACGGCCCAAGCUUUGAAUCACACGAGGAGCCUUCCUCUGCAGGGGCUGUGCAUGGGUCGCCCUGGAGGAGUCCUGCCUGUCUGGCAGGGCAAUGUUUCCCCCAGGACCCAGCCCCGGGCUCUGAGCACUUUAUUUCCCUCCCUCAGUGGAAGCAACUGCCACCUGGACACCUGCAGAGUACCUGAGGUACCCAGGAUGGUUUACGCCAAGGCCCAGGUCCUCAAGCCCACGAGGCCCGACGUGCUGGUCAUGACCCCCUGGUUUACCCCCAUCAUCUGGGACGGAGUCUUUGACUCUACCAUUCUGGAUGCGCAGUUCCAAAACGCCACCAUCGGGCUGACCGUAUUUGCCAUCCAAAAGUACACACCUGCUCAAAAUAGCAGCCCCACACCCGAGAGUCACCUGCUCCAGAGGUCAGUGUAUGGACCUUUGAGAGCCAUGCAGCCUCCCCUGACCACUGACAGGGGCCAGCCGCCAGGCCAGUGGCCCCGAGGCGGGUGCUCCGUUGCCCUGACCCAUUCCCAGAGACGCAGCCUGAGGCUUCCUUUCCUAGGAGCCACGGCGGGCUCAGCAUGUGGCAGAACUGGAUCUGAAACCUCCAGGCUGCAUUGA